CUUUUACUCUCCAUCGUUCUCGUCCGUCGCUUGCUACGCCACCAUUUCCGUCGUCUCGUGCCGAUCUUCUGUUGAUUUCCCAAUUGCUGUCGCUUCCAUUCCUGGAAGACACCUCUCUGCCUUCAUCUAUAAUUUUGAUCGUCGUUCUGGUCGACUUUGGCAGCAAGCACGGCAAGCCCAAAGCCUUGAGAGGAGAGAAGUGAACCUCCAAAAUCUCGAUCUCAGGUGUUUCCUCGGUGAUCGAUUUGCGGAUUGCAGUUAGCUCAAUUGGUUAUCUUGUGGGGAAACGAUUGUCAGACUUUUCCCAUGAUUGCUUCUGAAUAUCCCAUGGACAGCAAAGAUCACUUACCUUUGGAAGCAAAGAGGAUGUUACGGUCGUUGGCUUCCGAGUGGGAUGAUGUGCUCGACUCAAAUGCAUUACAGGUGAUCCCACUUAAGGGUGCCAUGACAAAUCAAGUCUUCCAAAUAAAGUGGCCGACCAAUGGAGUGGCGCGAAAGGUCCUAGUUAGGAUUUACGGUGAGGGUGUAGAAGUGUUCUUUGACAGGGACAACGAGAUCCGGACUUUUGAGUUUAUGUCUAAGCAUGGGCAGGGGCCUCGUCUGUUGGGUAGGUUCUCUAAUGGGCGAGUUGAAGAGUUCAUCCAUGCACGGACACUUUCAGCUCCUGAUCUGCGUGACUCUGAAAUUUCUGCUCGUAUAGCAGCUAAAAUGAGGGAGUUCCAUUCUCUGGAUAUGCCCGGUCCAAAGAAUGCUGUUCUCUGGUAUAGACUAAGAAAGUGGCUAAAGACGGCCAAGGAUAUGGCUACUUCAGGAGAAGCAGAGGCUGUAAACUUGGAUGCCGUUGAGGAUGAAAUUCUUUUGCUGCAAAGGAAGCUGGCAGGGGAGGAACAUAUGGGAUUUUGCCACAACGAUUUACAGUAUGGUAACAUAAUGAUGGAUGAAGACACUAAAGCAAUAACCAUUAUUGACUAUGAAUAUUCCAGUUAUAAUCCCAUUGCCUUCGAUAUUGCGAAUCAUUUCUGUGAGAUGGCUGCUGACUAUCAUUCCGAGACUCCUCAUAUUUUGGACUAUGGAAAAUAUCCCGAUUUACAGGAGCGCCGAAGAUUUAUACACGUAUAUUUGAGUCAUUCAGGUGAUGUACAAAGUGAUGCUGAGGUAGAGCAGCUGCUCCAAGAUGUUGAGAAGUAUAAGCUGGCAAGUCAUCUAUUUUGGGGCUUGUGGGGAAUAAUAUCGGAGCAUGUGAAUGAAAUCGACUUUGACUAUAUGGGAUAUGCAAGGCAGAGGUUUGAACAGUAUUGGUCGACUAGACCCGUUUUGUUGAGCUCACAUGGAACUUCUCCCUCUGAUGGUGUGAGAGACAGCUAAACGCACCCUCAAGUUCUAAAAUUUGCUAAUUUUGUUUGCAGUAUUGUACAUACAAAACCAUGUAAAAGUACACUGUCCCAGGUUUCUGCACAGAAGACAUCAUUAGAUGAGGUUUAUUAGGAAAAAAAGGAAAUAAAAUAACAUAGUUAGGUGAGGAUUUUGCCUGUAAUAAAAAUGUCAAUCUCUUGGGUAGCAUUAGAUUUGAACUAAUAAUGUAGGCAUUAUCUUUUGAUUGUGCAUUUUCGUGGUUAUUGUGCAGUUUUGGUUUUA